UGAUAUCUAGUGGUAAUACUAGUGUUGUAUUGAGUGUAGAGUAUGUCAUAUGACUAAAAGUGUUGAGUAACUCGACUCCCACUCCAGUCUCGCAACAGUACAUCACUCGACACACAAUACACACAACACUACUGGCAGUCACUGCAGGCAUCACUUCUGUGGAAGUGAGCAAAGAAUCUGAACCCUUGGAAAUGGACGAAGAGGUGGCCGUUAAGGAGAAAUUGAAUCCCUCAGCGGAUCCGCAGCCGUCGAUCGUGAAGUACACGGCGGCCAACGAUAGCAAGAAUGGCGAAGCGGUGGUGGAUGUGGACAAUGGGCUGUCGGGUGCGGUCGGCAUGAGUAAGAAGGAGCUGUUGAAGUACGCCAACGACCCCUUUUGGGUCCGCCUUCGCAUACACAGUGAGUCCAACCCCUGCCAAACAUAUCCAUCUCUUGUAACCACAAUAUCUGUUGAUUUACUUAAGGAUAAGCCAUUUGUGGUGAAAGACGCCCACUUUGGCCACUGUAUGACUCGAUGGACGCCCGAGUAUUUGGCGGACAAACUAAAGGAUAUAUCGGUUUCUGUCCACCAAUCAAAUGAUCCGAAACUGAAUUUUAUUCGCAAAAAUUUUUCCUACAAAACCAUGUCUUUGAGUGAAAUGAUUGACAAAUGUCUUAACGAUUGCCAAAACUAUUAUUAUUUACGAUCCGUUGGUAACGAUCGUCGGGCCAGAGAUGUGGCGGACAUAAGGACUCAGUUUUCGUCCAUUUCGGACGACUUAACGAUUCCGUCGUUUUUAUCAAUGAAUGAGAAUAGAGACCAAAUGCAAGACUCGGCUCAAAGGCGUCUGUUUUCGAGUGUGUUUCGUAUUUCAUCCAAAGGUUUAGUUCUUUGGACGCAUUACGACAUUAUGGACAACAUCUUAGUUCAGGUGAAAGGAUCCAAAAGAGUGGUGUUGUUUCCGCCCAACGAUUGUCUAAACCUAUACUUAGAGUCGGAUAAGUCUCGAGUCAUUGAUAUCGACGAACCCAUCGAUCAAAUGAGAGACAAAUUUCCACUCUUUUUGAAUGCAAGGCGUUAUGAAUGCAUUCUAGAAGAGAGUGAAUCCCUAUUCAUACCAUCGCUUUGGUUCCACAACACAACAGCUCUUCACUUCAGUAUUGGAAUGAAUUUCUUCUGGAAAGACAAACAAUUAGCCGAAGAAAAUCUUUAUAAUAAAAGCGAUGUUUACGGCAAUAAAGACUUAAACCCAGCCAUCGAUGCCUUCACUAAUUUAGACAAAGCUCUCAAACAUAUCGACAAAAUGCCCAAAAAGUUUAGAGAUUUUUAUCUUAGAAUUUUGAUUAAUAAAUUGCAAAACAAAUUAACU